UUUCAACAUGGCGUCAAUUUAUGAAUGAGUCGCUGUCGAACGGCUUUCACCGUUUUUCUAAAAUUAUUUGAAAGAGAUCAGAACGUCGUCACAGGUAAAGUACACCUUUGAAAAUAUCCACUUCUUGUGCCCGAACUUUUGAAUAGGAAGGAUCAAGAGAUAUCGAGCUAAUCAGCCUCUACCCGAGCGUAUGACUUAACACAUGCGAGCGGUGAAUUCGAGAAGCUUUUGCUGCGAUAUGAAACACGCCAAAGUUUUUAAUGUGUAUAUACUAAAAUGAAUUGAUAUAGCCUUCUACGCUACUUAGAUCGUCAUAUGAGCGAUUUCAUAGCCACAGGAGUAAUAUAAUUAUGCUUUUUGUCAUCAUGCACAUGCAUAUUGUUUGACUAUUGUACUAGCACUCUUUAUUUAUGUUAAAACUGCUCGUCGGCAUUGCGGAAGUAUUUAGAAUGAUAAGAAUGUCGUCACUUUUUUCAUAUAGCAAUUAGAUCAUUAACUAAGUAAUCUACAGAUUAUUAUCCUGAAUCUUGAUAACUGCCUAAGGUUAUAGGUUAAUUUUGAAGGUCAGCUUUGAGAUGCAUGUGUCUUUUAUCAUUCGUCAUGUACACUGUAGUCUCAAUGGUUUAAAUUUUCCUUUGUUUUCAAAUUUUUAAACCAGCAUGAUUCUGAAACAAAAAUACUUUGCCCUAAAUCUUUUGUCAUUAUUUAAGGCAUGGCAUGACAUUGUUUCUUUUUUAGGGGUUUCUAGGAGGGGUUUUACUUGGUUAAGACAUUCUUUCUAUGACACCAACCUUCCUAUUUACUGGGCUACUUAAGAACUUAGACUCAUGAACCUUUAAUAGUUCAUUUGACUCAAUUACAUAAACUCCUAGUGACUUCUGAAAGACUGGUACAUUCUCCCUCCAAAGUUGUCUUGAUUUCCUUUGUGAAACAGAGGAAGUUGUAAUGGUGCAUUGAAAGUCACCGAGGGUCUUGCUCAAUGCCAUUCUCAAAUUGUGUUUAUUAUUUUGAUUGCAGGUUUAAAGGGGAAAAAUCAUGUCAUCUUUGACUCCAACAAAUGCUUUUCCAAAUCCCCCAGUGCCCAUUCCUCGACCACCUGGGAGGGCAGGGAGAAGUACUCCUCGUCGAAGUUCUUCUCGGUCUAUUAAACGAAAAAAGUUUGAUGAUGAGUUGGUGGAGAGCAGUCUUAAGAAGGUGUCCAAACAAAGAGGUGAUGUCGUUGUCCUGGAAAAAGAAAUACAGAAAAGAACUUUGGUAAGGUCAGGGUUGAAGAUUAGAGCCAGUAGUUGGCAAAGUAUGCCAGCUUCUCUGCAAGGUUUCACCAGCUACUUUCAUUGCUUUGAGAGCCCGUACAGAGAUGAUGUUUAUCAGGUCUAAACUUGGGCUCAAUAAAAAUAUAAAUUUGCACUGCCUAUCUUUUCUGAAAACAUAAAAAGACUUCUGACUCAAGGUUAGUUUAAAAAUGUUCUGAUGGGGACUGUCUUUUUGAUAAAUCUUGCUGUGGUGGCAGGAAAGUACAAACGAUAUGACGUUUUGUCCACCAUAUUGGAUUUUGAGACCCACAACCAUUUACCUUUAAAAAAGCUCCGGCUACUUAAAACCUUAAAGAAAACCCUGAAGGUACAAAAGUGUAACUGUUGUUGAAUUCAGUCAAAGGUGGAUGUGGAUAAAGUGGACUAUAAAAUAGAAAAUCACAAUAUUGGCAAAUGUACAAAAGCUUUUGGAUAAAAAAAAAUGUGUCUGGCAAUUUGAUUGCUUUGUUCAAGGGGAUUUAAAGCUCCUUACUGCAAGUUCUUCUUGCUUCACUGUUCAUUUAUACUUCAUUUGAAAUAGUGGCCUGCUUCAGGUUAGGUAGACAUCUAGCUGAAGUCCUAUUGAUAGCCUUAAUAGAACCAAACCACAUCAUUCUUAACACUGCUGUUACAAAAUCCCAUCGCUCACCCCUGUUCUAGCAAAUUAAUUUUAUUCUGCCUUGGCACUUGAUCACAAAAUUAAAGCACCCUUCAAAUCAACAGAGGCAAACUUUGGUCCAGACCAAAAAAUUGCCCCAGCAUAUUGAUUGAUCCUUUGUAUCGGUUUCUUCAUUGAAGGGAAACCUCUUCAAAGGUCACUUUUACUGGUCCAAUGGUUGUCCCUCCCACCCCCAAUGGAUUUUCCUUUAAAUAAGCUUUCUUUUUUUUUAUCCUUUGCAUUGUUCACUUCAUUGAAGAGACACCUCAUUUCAAGGGACACUAUAAGUAGUCAUGAGGCUGUCCCCCCAAUGAAGUUUCCUUUGCAUGACCUUUUUAUAGUUUACCUUCAUUGAGGAGAAAACCUCUGUUCAGGGGACACUGUUAGUUCCAGGAGUGUCCCCUUGAUUCAAGUUGUCUCCUGUACUAAGACUUCUUUUAUGUGAAUUUUUUCAGCCCACAGGUAAAGGCUCCUCAAGGAAACAGAGAAAAAGCAAGGUUAGUAUCAUAAGUAUUAAUCAUAUCAUCAUAUAAUUAAAUUUAAAUAUUUUGAUACUGCAGGGUUACUCGUGGGAGUGAAAGUAUUAAUCUUUUAACCCCUAAGAGAGACCAGCCUCUAAUUUCUCCUUACAAUAUCACACCUGAAUCAAACAUUAGGGUGAUGAGAGUAAAGGAAAUGAUCACCAACUAAAGAAGCUCUUGAUUGUUAAAUAAAUUCUCCUUAUCAGCUCUUUAGGAAGUAUAUAAAGAAAAGUAUGGAGAAUAUUUCUACUGAUGUUGGGGUUACCUAUGACAGGACUGGCAUCCCAUCCAGGGGGGUAACAAAGCCCUUCGCCACUUCAUACUUCUGAAACUGGUAUAAACUCAGGCAAUUAGCCCACCAGGGUUGCACAGACUUAACCUUUUGCCUUUCUGUUUCUUCUUUCAUGAGAAUGUAAAUGACUUUUGUAUGUGUUUUUCACCCUUUUGAGAUUCACAUCUAAAUUCUCCUCACAAUGUGAGAAUCAAAUUAACAAAUAGAACCAAGGAAAUGAUCACCAACUAAAGAUACUCUUGAUUGUUAGAAAACUUCUCCUAGUAAGCACCUUAGUAAAUGUACAGAGAACAGUAUGGAGAAUAUGAUUACUGAUGUUAGAGUGUAAAGGGUUAAAAUGCUGUUUGGUCAUUUUGUAUUUGGUUUUUGGUAUCAUAAUGAAAAAUUGUUAUUCAUAUCAACAGAACCCUCAAGUGAAUAAAGACUUUGGAAGAUGGAGACCAGCAGAUGAUCUUGCCCUCAUUACAGGAGUUCAGCAGGUAAAACUGACAAGCAUUGUGGAGGGGAAACCUACAGUAAGAUUAACCCUUUAACUCCCAGAUCAAAUUUGUAACUCUCCUUACUGUCAACCAUUCAAUUCUUUAUAAUGUUAGUUCAGAGAAUUUAGUAUUGGAUCAACUAAUUAUCCCCAAAUUGAUUGUUUUCUGUAUUCUCAUCACUUCUCUGUUUGAUGUUGUAUUGAUAUUGUAAGGAGAAAUUCUGUCUUGGUCACUCAUGAGAGUUAAAGGGUUAAUGGUUAUCUGGGAGUUCAAGUUCAGCCAAUCCAAUUUUAAAAAAUCAUCCCCAUUGCUAUCAGUUUGCCCCUAAAUCUUGCAUCUUGUUUACUUAUGAAAAGCAGUGAAGACUCGCAGUUGGGGUGGAACUUCCAUAAAGCACUGUAAGAGAAGUGAACUUAAGACAGGGGUUAAGAGGAAUUUAAAGGGAGGGGAAACAGAAAGGAAGUUAAAAUUACACCUGAAGGGAUUGAAAACAGAAAAGAAGAAAAUAAAAAGUAUUGUUUUUACAAAAAUUACCCCAAGUAUUUAAAAAUGUUUUGAUAAUAGUUAAAUUUGGGAUCAAAAUAAAAUUGAAAUAUUGCUUGAUUUUAUUGAUAUUGUAAGGAGAAAUUCUGUCUCGGUCACUUGUGGGAGUGAAAGGGGUUAACCCUUAAGCCCUUAAGGGUGACCAGCAUCUACUCCUCACCUCAUCACUGGUGAAUCAAACAUAAAGAUUUUGAGAAAAAAGAGAUGAUCCCCAUCUAAAGAGGCUCUAGGUUGCUAAAGAAAUUCUCCUUGUCAGUGCCAAAAUAAAUAUACAGAGAAUAGUAUAGAGGAUAUACAGACUUAUGUUUGGUUGUACAGGGUUAAAGGACCACACCCACCAGGAAAAUUACAUAAAGCAGUAGUCUUAACUUUGAUGGACAUAUACAUCUGCAGUCACAUGUAUCCAAUACAGUGAUAAUAUUCUUUUCUAGACAAACGAUCUGACAGCUGUUUAUCUUGGGAUAAAGUUCUCUUGUCGAUUCACUCCAAAAGAAAUUCAAGAAAGAUGGUAUCAACUUCUUUAUGACCCAGUAGUGUCAAGGUUUGUGGUAUUCUUUGUCUUCCACAAGAUCUUAAACUUAUGGCUUCAAAGGAAGUUGACAGUCUUGACUCAAAGCUCCUUUCUUGAGUCUUUAAACUUUUAGAAUCAAGAAUCAUGUUUCAUGGCUGGAGUGGCAAUUUUUCAAGAAUCAAGAUGCUUGAAGAAUUUUUCAAGGAUCUCAAUCUGCAGUUUUUAAGAGAAGGAUUUGAUGAUCAAACGCAUAAAGAAUAGCUUGCACAUAUGAAAUGUUUUCAUUUCACACAAGACUCAAACUCCAGGCAAGCCCUUUCAUAGAGUUAAUGUUAGAUUUUAAUGUGAGCACAAGCUGUACACAUAUACGUAUGUGUCAUGGUUCAAAGGAUUCUUUGCUUCUCUCUUCAGUUGGCACUUAACAUUGAAAAAUUUCAUCAUUAUCUAUGGAAUUGAUUGAGAAAUUUCAUCAUCAUCUGUGGAAUCUAUUGAGAAAUUUCAUUAUUAUCUGCAGAAUCCAUUGAGAAAUUUCAUCAUUAUCUUUGGCAUCCAAUCACAGGUUGGCCACUACUGCUGUCAAACAGCUUCCUCCAGAUGUCAUUGCUGCAGCACAGAACAAUGCACUGUGGAAUAAAGAAGAGGAACUUAUCUUGGCAAAUGUGCCAGCAGUAAGCAAGAGUUACACAAUUACUGUGCAUUUAACCCUUUAAGCCCUUUAAAGAGUGACCAGCAUGUAAUUUCUCCUUACAGUAAUACUACUGAGUCCUUCAUUGAGAUCAUGAGAAUCAAGGAAAUGAUCGUCAAUCUAAGAAGCUUUGAUUAUUAAACCAAUUCUCCUUGUCAGUAGCAAAGGAAAUGAAUGGAGAAGAGUAUGAAGAAUAUGGAUACUGAUGUUAGGGUGUAAAUUGUUGCAGUUUGUGCAUCAUGAAAAAAUUUAAUUUUGUGAUCCAUUGAAAUUGUCUUCUUUUAGCUACAAUUGUUUCUCCUUUUGAUAUAGCCUUUUUCACAUUCCUCUUUGUUGUCAAACAAACAUUAUUUACAUGUUGUCUCUUUAAAGUUGAAGUUAAUUUUGAACAGCACAUUAACAACUUUGGAAUGAAUUCCAGUUGUUGUGGUGAUCUUAAAGUGUAACUGUUUGAAACUUUUACCCUAAAAAGGUAUCCUGAUAGUUUUUACAAAAAAAUGUCUGUGCUUUUCUCUUUUAGAACAGCCCAGCUUCUUUAGAAUUAUUCCAAGGUUUGUUGGAUAAAAACCCCUCAGUUUUUCACCAGUGUCGGUCAGCUAAGGCACUAAGAAAUCACUGGCUUCUGAUGCGCCAAUAUCAACUCCUCUCUGAUCAGACAGGUAAUAAUGUAUAAAUAAAAAAGUAAUUCAGUCAGCUUGUCAGCCACCCAGUCAUUAAUGUUUUAGUCAAUUAGGUACUUAGCUAGGCAGUCAUCAUGCAGUUGGUCUUCCUCCCAGUGAGUCUAUCAGUCUGUUGAUCAACCAUUCAAUUAUUCAGUCAUCAAGUCUGUCUGUCAGUCAGUCAGACUGUGCUCCAGUCAGUCCUCAUGCUGUGAGUCAGCUGGCCUGUCAGUUAGUUAAUCAGUCAGGCGGCCAGUUAGUUUUCAGUCAUCAGUCAACAAACCAUUAGACAGUCACUCAGUUAGUCAGUCAGUCAGCCAGUAUCCCAGAUUGACUUUCUAAACCUGACGGUUAAGAUUGACAUCACAAGCCAGCCAGUCAUUUCAUAAUCAUAUUUAUGGCACAAGUUCAGUUUUAUGUGAAAGGCCAUUCAGUGUCCCUCUUUCUUCAGUUUCCACAGCAGAGCAUGCAGUGAGUUUUUCUGAUGCCGAAGAACAGAUUAACGACGCUGAACUCUCGUAAGUACACGUACUGUGCUUGCAGAUUAUUGUACGGAUAAAAAAUCGAUACGUAGUUUCUGUAGUCAAGACCGUUGUUUCUUUUGUCACGCAACACGCUACCUCCCUCAUAGAGUGCGUUAUGUGAUAUGUCGUGUGAAGAAACCAAACAACGACUAUGAAAAAGACUUCUUUAUUAUGGAUUAUUAGAGUUUUUCCUAGAGAGCCUGGUAGAGACAUUUCAUUUGUUUUCUGACUGCUUAUUUGAUUGUCAUCUCCUUUUCAAUUUGAACAGAGAAACCAAGGACGAUAACCUAGAACAGGAACUUUCAUUGGCCGACAGACGAAACAAAAGAGAGAUACGUAUGUUAGAAGGGGAGAUUCCGUUGUGGCAAGUUAUCGUGGAAAAACUCAAUGCAGCCAGUAAGACGAUGCUUAAGUAUUCUUUAAUUGCACCCUAACAGUUGCAGAGUAGAAACAACCUACCGGUUUGUGCAUUGAACUCCAGUGGUCGAAAAGUCCUGAUGUUGGCUCUGGUUGGGUCAUUGUGCUGUAUUCUUGGACAAGACACUUAGUUCUCGUAGUCCUUUUCUCUGCUCAAGAAUUUCAAUGGUUACUCGCGAAAUAUCACUAUAGUUCUUAAAGAUACUCCUCUUCUUCCCUGCACUUAGUAUUUAUCACGUUUUUUUUAACAAUUUGCUAGGCCCAAUUAUUCUCUAAUGCGAAGUCUCGAGCAAGAACUUACAGUGAGAUAGCCGCUAUCUGGGGUUUAAACGUGGACUCCUACGGCCGGUUCACGAGGUCUAACUCGAACCACGGUUUUACGCAAUCAGUGGGCCUCAGGUUUUCUCUAUUAGAGGGUUGAUUUUAUUAGGUAAAUGUCCUUCCAUUGUCAGCUUUCGACCUACUUGACACUGUUCACAUAAAUAAAUGUUCAUAUGAAAGGUCUAGGUGAAUUUAGGACUGCUUAGGACACGGUUUUGUUUAACAAUGGCUGAAUUUUGAUCAAAUAACCGUCCCUUAGUCUUAAGACCAACAUGCUAUGCCAACAUGCCAUCACGAGUUCCAGUGCUGGAGACUGGUACCGAAUAGUCUGUCCGUGUCCACCUUCCCGUCAGAGCGUUUGUCCCUUUUUUUUAUAAUGAUUAACUUUAUUAGCAGCACCCUCAGUGGCUGCUAAUAUAUUGUCAUCUCUUCUCAGCGGGAGCCACCACAGUCACGCCAGCCAGCGAGUUUGAUUCCCACACACUUGCAGUGUUGAGAGGGCGACUGGUCAGAUACCUGAUGCGCUCCAGAGAGGUAAGUGGUAGAGCGGCGUAAGACUUUUUCUGAUAAGUAAUGGCGUGGGUCACUGUAGCACUUGUCGUUCACUCCUUAAAUCAUGGUCACUUGCGGAGCAGUUUUCAAGAAAUAGGCAUAAAACCAAAUGUUUAGCAGUAACAACCGCGUAACCUCUAUAAAAUACAGCGAUGAAAAUGCUUUUUUUACCCAAGGUUUCUCCACUCUGCACAUUAAUGGGACUUGUUUCCCUUUGGUUGUGAGUGCAACCCAUGCGUGCUCUUCUCUCUGUGAUUGGUCCAGAAAACUCACGCCACUCUCUCAACCAAUAAGAUGCAAUAAAGAUGCAAUAAAGAUGCAGUUUCCCGCGCUUUAGACAGUUUGCUUGUUUUCAUGUUGAGUUCUCAUUGGCUCUUAAAGGUAUUUUCCUUCCCUUAGAUUGGCAGUCGUGAUUAUUUUGGUUUUUGCUUUUACGACACUCAAUCGAAAAGCGCUCUAAACAGCUAAUCGUUGGGUGGCUUGCUAGUUGGAAUUUUAACCUAUCCACUCCCCAUUAAGUCAAUUUGUUUGUGUGGUUACCAUGUCUUAAAUUAUUGCACAAAUUAGCUAAUUUCGUCAACACACUUAUAGGGGUAUUUAUUUUGUUUGGCUACAGAUUACCGUCGGAAGAUCUACCGCUGACAAUCACGUUGAUGUUGAUUUGUCCCUAGAAGGACCAGCAUGGAAAAUAUCAAGGCGACAGGUAAGCGUUGCGUAGAAAAUGGAACUCUUAUAUGAUGUUAAAGUGAAAUGAUCAUCAGUUUUUUAAGAAUUCCCGCUAAGAAGACAACCGGACCGGCGCGACGCGGGCAAUUGGCGUACACGCAGUGACGCGCGCGAUCAAUGCGUUGUGAUUGGUAGUCUUUUAUUGGCCAGUCGCAUUUGUGUGAAAGUUUUUUGCCAAUUUUGUUUCGAAGAAUUGUUUUGUAACCACCUACGAACAAUAACUUAAAUACCACAUAAUAAUGCGUUUUGGAUAAGAGCGCUUUUCGAUUGAAUGUUGUGACACCAAGUAUUUAAAACUGCCAAUCAGGUCUAAAGUAAACAACGCAGAGAACGAAUAAGAACUUAAAAAAUUAUAGAUAUUUAUAUUACCUCCUUCAAGCGCGGGAAACUACGACGCGGGUCGCCAAGUCAAUUUCGGUUGAAAUUUUGAACCGGAUUCGCCGAGAAAGUGACGCAAGUUUUCUCCACGAAUCAUGAAGUGUAGAAAAGCAAAAUCGAUGCAUUCUUAGAUUCCUUUUGGCCCUCAAUGUAAAAUUGGUCCAACACCCUUAGCUUUAUCAAGUCACCUGAGUUUCAGGUAACUCGAAAAAGGUGCAAAAAUCAAGUGGAUCCAAGAAAAUUCAUCCUUCGGAAAGUCCUAUUGAGGAAUAAGUUGUUGUUUUAAUUCACAGGCGGUAAUCAAGCUUCGUAGCGAUGGUGAGUACUGUGUCAUCAACGAAGGUCGGAGGCCGCUGUACAUAGAUGGCAAGCCCGUCGUCAUUGGCGCGAAAGCGAGGCUCCACCAUAACUCCACUUUUGAGGUACCGUCAAAUGUGUUUAAUAUGUAGAUUUAUGUGAACAGCAGACAAAAAAAUUUGGAUUUCUACCGUCUGCUUUGCAUUUGUUGUGAAUAGUAGGCUUUUGACUGUUUUCCCGUUCGAUCUCUUCAAGUAUUGUAUCAUAAGUGUUAAGUAAGCCAAAUCAGAGAUUAAUUUAGUUUACAUUGCUGGCUGUUUUGUGGGAUUUUUAUACGGUAGAGCCCUGGAAAUGAGCGGCAAGGCCGCAAGAGGACUGGGAAAGUCACGGCAGAGCUUCCAUUUCUUGGAGCGCCCGAAGAAAGCACCAGCUGCGCAGCUAAUUUUAACAUUCGUGUUUGUUUCAAAGGUAGCUUUUUAUCCGUCGUUUGUUUACUUGCCUUUCAAAUCACGACGACCAAAGAGGAAGAAAGAAGUCGUUUGUUAGAUCCUCAAUCGGAUAUUAAAAUAGGAUAUUGAUUGUUUUGCAAGGUUCCGAAUAAUUCUUCUUUUUUUUGCGAUGAGCAAAUUUGCCUUUGACGUUAUGGGAAGCAGAAAAAAUUUUAGUUUGGUUAGAGAGAAAAACACCAAAGAGGUAGCAUUUAACAAAGAAGGAGCAAAGAUGAUAUAGGACUGAGGGAAUUCGGCGGAGAUGACGCAGUUGCUUUUGAUAGGUAAUUAAUUAAAGGGGACAUCCUCGUGACUGCUUGUCAAUCUUAUGGCAAUUUAUUGGAAAAUCUUUGUCAAACUUUAGGCUAAACACACGGAGACGCCGACAAAUAGCUUUGUUUUUCAUUACAAGGUUAGAUAAAGCUACUGAGGCUGCGCCUUUUAGAACAGCUGUGUUUACGGUAUAGCAGAGAGUCAUCUCCCCAGAUAGGAACUCGAUUAAGAUAGUGUCCUUAGGCUAAACAGGUGUUUUUUUUUGUAGUUGCAAGUGAAAAAUUGACUGUAGUUUCGCUUGUAACUCAUUUUUUGUUGUGUACUCGAAGCAAUAAGAGAAGUGCGAUAAGAAGGAGGUUUUUAAUUGUACAUCUAUAGUUAGAAAGCUUUUCCUCAGUCUUUGGGUCUGGAUCAAAAUAUGCCUUCGCCCAGUAAUGGCUCAUAUUUUUUAACGAAUGACACGUUCGCGUACCGGCCAGUAACAGCAACGACGGUGCUCUUUUCGUUUAUGAUAACUAUCGGAGCACCAGGGAACAUACUUCUUUUGCUAGCGAUAGGUCGCCGUCAGCCGUCGAGAGCCCCAUAUUUCUAUAUGCUUUUCUCUAUCGCCUUGGCAGACCUAGGAAUGGCUAUGAUUGCAGCCCCUCAGCGAAUCAUGGAGAAUUAUACAGGUUGGCCUUUCGGAAGUUUCAUGUGCAAAUUCCUUGUUUCCAUUCAAGAGCUUUUCGUCUCCGUAUCAGUCAUGACUCAUACGACGAUAGCGCUGGAGAGGUACCGGACAAUUCAACAGCCCUUUAACAAACGAAUUAACCAGAGAACGGCAAAGUUUUUGGUAGCUUUCAUUUGGUUAGGCUGUUACGUGUCUGCGGCCUUACCCCAAGCUGUUAUACUUGAGCUCUAUAGAGGACCUGAUGGCAGAGUUUACUGCACUCCGGAGUUCCCAUCGGAUGAAUUCCGCCGCGUGUACGAAGUUUACCUCGUCGUGUUGUUCAUCACGGUUCCUCUAUUCAUACAGUCGUGGUGUUACGUGAACGUAUUCAUUGUCGUUAACCGAGAACUAAAACGUGCCUCCGAAGGAAACGCUAACAGAAAGGACAUUCUGAAACGAAUCAAGAAAAAGAUUCACGUGGUGAAAGUCCUGGUGUGUCUUGUUGCUGUUUUCCAGUGUUGUUCAAUUCCUCGCGGUGUUUUGAUGCUGAUAAGGGAAUUCGAAGAUGAUGUCGCAAUGGCAACGAACCAGGUUUUCCUCUCCGCUGACGCCGUUUGCCUUUUUGCAUAUUAUGUUAAGCAUACGGUGAACCCGGUUAUUUUGUGGAGUACAAGUAAAGAGUUUCGAUUGUGCUGAAGAAAGUUGUCAUAUUAUAACAGACACGUUGAACUACACACUCAUACCGAUUUCAACUCAUUUUUGCUGUGGAUGUUUUUCACAUAAAUUGAAACGAAAACCACAAUGCUUAGAACACCGUUCUUAGUUUUUUCUUUACAGGGGCGGCGGGGGGUAAGGUGUUCCCAUUAUGCUGGUAAAGAGGGUUUGAGUUGUAAGGUAUUUGGUGACCUAAAAUCAUGAUAUGAUCGCCAGAAACACUUAACAAAUAUAGAAGCCUUGAUUGUGCUCUGUUCUGUUUUAAAGCGGCGGGAAGCGGCUAGAGCACGAAAGAAGUGUAGGGAAAAACACGAGACGCUCUUCCAACCAAUGGCAGCGUGUGUUAUAUGCGAACUUUAUUAGUAUAGGUAACAACAUGAUUUCGAGUGCAAUUUGUUGUUAUAUCAUAGCUCUGUCUCGAUUGAGAUAGACCUUUUGGAGCUCAAAAUGAAAAUAAAACAUGCUAAAUGAUACUCGUUUCGAAAAACAAUGACCAUGUAGUUCUUUCAAGCGAGGAAAUUAGUAUUGGAGUUGACGAUACUUCAUUCCCAAACACGAUGCGAAUUAGAGCUGAAAGCAAAACUAAGCUUUCUGACUUCAACUGAGGCUUUGCGGCGACCUUGGGUAAUCUUCAUUAAACGGUAAAUAUUUGCGUGCACUUAAAUUGUUGCGUUUCGACAUCAUCAUUCCCAAAGAGGGGUCUUCUGAAAUAUACCUUUUACUCUUCCUUUUUUGGUCAAGCUCUCAAGACUAUAUAACAUGUGGAAAACGGAAUAGAUGUUGCAGUUAUUUGCAUUUGGCAGAAAAAUUUUGUUACCGGCCGCGCUUCAAAAUGCCUUGAAUCUUAUUUCAUCUUUGUUUUGUUAGUGAUUGCUUCUUUUUUUCCUCUUCCUUAUCAAACUAACACUGUAUGCUUUCCUUUAAGUCAAAAGUUGAUUUUGCUCAUCGUAAAAAAAAACAUAAAUCAUUAGAACCCGGCGAAACUAUUGAUAUCCCAUUUCUGAUUCUGAUUCAAGAUCUAACUAACUACUUCCUCCUUCCUGGUUGUUAUGGUUUAACCUUUUAACUCCCAGAAGUGAUGAACAUGUAACUUCUCUCAAAAAUAUCCAUACAUUAUGCAGCAAACAGGUAAUGAGAACUCUAAAAUUUACUAGGGAUAAGUUUUUCUAUCUUCAUCUGACACCAAAUUCUUGUAACUAAUUUACUAGAAAAUGUGCAGCUGCUAAAGAGGAGAAUUAAUAAUCAAAAAAAGGGAGUGAAAAAACAAGGAAACAAAAGAUAUUAAAAAAUAAUUCAAAUAGUACGCGCGCUCUGAUUGGCCAUAAAACCAUUUUACAUGAGUGUAUGUAAAUACGGUUUUCGUUCCUCUUUUAUUAGUUAUUUUAUAAAAGAAAUGUAAAAUGGUUUCCGUGUUUACAUAGCCUGAUGUAAACACGCGGGAGGUUGGGAGAACACUCGAUAAGCUGGAAACCACUCCGCUUUGCCUCGUGGUUUCCUACGCUUAUCUCGUGUUCUCCCAACCUCCCGCGUGUUUAUAUUAGGCUAUGUAAACACGGAAACCAUUUUACAUUUCUCCAGUCAAAAAGUCAUCUUUGCAGUCAACACGAACGCGAAAAAUUAAUCUUGACUUAACGCAGCUGGCGAUUUUUUUGGGCGCGCGAUGAAAAUGAGGUUAAAUGAAGGAUUAAAUUUAAUUACAAGCUUUUUUUUUUUUGACUGCGUUUCAACCCAUUUAAUGCUACAUUAGCUACCACAAAUUCAUUUGGAAACCAAACAAAACGAAAUGCUGGCAACCAAAAUGAUUUGAGAGAGAGAGAAAAGAGAAGAUAAUAAAGUUAUUGUUCGGCUUGAUUUGCUCUAAAAUACUUCACUUAAAAGAAAAAAAAAACUUUCCAACUGGUAAAACAAAAUAUAUUCAUGAAAAAUGGCAACGAAGCUAAGGUGAAAUCGGGGACUCACGACACUGUUACCGUGCCCGUUGGCAGAGUUAGGAAAAUCCGGACCACGCUAGGAACCAAUCAGAUGGCAGGAUUUGUUACCGUGUCCUCUCUACUUUAACUUUACUUUAUCCCCGAGUUUGAAUUAAAAGUUGUGAGCACAUGGCCUUGAUGAUAAAGUUCUUGAAUAUUCAGCUCUUUUGAUCGUAGAUUCACUUUUUCUUUUACAGAUUUGUGGUCUUCGCUUCGUGUUCCUGAUAAACCAAGAUCUUCCGGGAGCCACAAAGGAAGUUAAACAACCGACACCAGCCCAGCAAGGAAAGGUUGCGUAAAAUUACGUUGAAAGUGCUUC